UUUGACAAAUGCCUCGCUAGCGUUGGCUUUUCUGUAAUACCUACAUAUGUAUUUGGAAUCAUCUCUUCGCUCGUUUCCUACCUUCUUCCUGCCAUCCCUGUAGCACAUUUGUUUCGUGGUCGCAUUUCGCAUCUGGAGUAUUUGAAUGCCGUCCAUCAUUUGUCAUCUCGAGAUUUCGAAAAUACUACCGUGGUUCGGGUGUUUGAUUUGCACGUAGUCGAUUAUUAGCUUGUUUCUGGAAGGGCCGAUCUGAACGCCUUCGCUUGUCAAUUCGCAACUGUCAGUGUCUAGCUUGCCGAGAAUAUCGUAUGGGAAUAAUCUCGAUUGGAAAUCAUAGUGUGUGAUGUUGUGAAACAGUGCGAUGAUGGUUUCUUGAUGAGCGUAUAAACCGCCGUGGCCGGCCAAGUUUAACCUCUCAUCUCCUGUUCGUCAAGUCGUCAUAAUUCUCCUGCCGGUCCUAAAUCUCAACCUCUCCCAUACCUAGAGCCACGAGGCCUUAGAUAAAGCCAGAUAUCCCUUUUCUACUCUAGAUAAAACCAAAUUCACCAUCUCAUCACAUUAUGCUCCACACUUCCAACACGUCCGCUCCGUCGCAUCAAUAUUUAUCACCUCUACGAACAUCAACAAUCCUAUCAUGGUCGUCCUCACUGACAGAGUACAACUCGAAGUCGACGCUUUCCCCGAAUGAUCAACACUCCAAAGAUGCCGCUAUAGAAGCAUACCUGCAGUUUAAAUUGGCUUUGUUUGCGAAGACUCAAACCCCGCACAGCCCAAGACCGAAGUCUAACGCUCCGAAAAAUGCUUGAACUGGCCGGCUAAAUGGGUUCCUGGAGUUCCUAGUAUUUUUGGUGGCAAGAAGACGCGCAAAAAUAGAGUUAAUUUGCUCUCAAGCAAUGGAUCAAUUCCUUCACCGGACUUCUAUGUGGAAACAGCAAGAUUGGAGUCAGCGUCACAUUACCGAUCACUACUACUGUUGGAGGAUACCCUGUGCUGAAAAAAUUGUUUUCUCAUCGCGAUAUGUCAUGACCAUUCCUGUUCAUUCGAUUGUUUCACCGGCGAUAUCUGUCCAAUUGUGCCACGAGCUGAUUUCAGUGCCG